UCUUUACUUCCCGUAGCAUUUGUGUCCCUCCUGAGGACCCGUAGCAGAUUUGUUGUGGUUUUGCUUUAUCAGGAAGAAGCUCUGAAGUUAGCUCGCUGUCUGAUUUUAAUGCAACUUGUUACGCAUGUAAAGCUUCAUGGUGUCGGGGUGUUGUGUCUCCCUCUCUGGUAACACAGAAGGUGAAAUCCAACCCUGAGGAGUUUAAAAGUUAAAGAUGGCUCCAUGUUAGUGGUUUAUUCCUCUGAUAGCAUGCUGUAGCCAGCUAACUAACAGCUAACAACAGUAGCUAAGUAACAAGGUGCAGCAUGAGAGCCAUGAUAUUAAGGCAGUGUGUUCUUCAUGGACCCAGUGGACUAUGUCUUUGAUCCUGUUUGCCUUCGUGGUUCGGGUCAGGGAUGGACUCCCCCUGUCUGCCUCCACAGACUUUGAACACAACCAAGAGCUCCAGAGCAGGAAGCAGCAGCUCAGGACCAUCAGCAAGGCACUUUCCCGUUUCCCUGAGAGAGGCAGCAUCCAGGGCCAGGAGCUCAACAUAUACUUCGUCUCUUCAGAGGGUGUAUCCUACAUGACCGUGUGCCACUGCAGCCUCCCUGUUGCUAAGGCCUUCUGCUUCCUGGAAGAUCUGCGCUGGGAGUUCACAGCGUGUUUCAGUAGCACUGUGGUUUCCUUGGCAGCCCGGCCGUAUCCAUUUUUGGAAUUUGACGGCACCAUUCAGAAGCUGAAGCAGCAGUAUAACCAGAGCGGGGGUCCGGCCCUCGAGGUGACAUUGGCUGAGGUCCAGGAGGAUCUGAGGAUCAAACCACCACAAGUAAUAAAUGUGGAAGAAGUGGAUCUCAGUAAUGGCAUUGCAAAUGGGCAUAUUGAACAAGGUCCUGGAUCUGCAGGUCAGAAUGUAAGACUGGAGCCAGUGACAGCCCCAGGCAUCCUCUCUCUAGUCCUGAAUAUCAUGUGUGCGUCUUUGAACAUAAUCCGAGGAGUCCACCUCAUCGAGUACACAUUCCAGGACGAUUACGAUGGUUUAUGGAACGUUGUGGCAUUUCUUCUGGCGUUUGUCUGCUGCGUGUUUCAGUGUCACCUCUACCUGUUCCACUCACCCCUAAAGAAGCUAAAGUCCUUCACUCUGUUGAGUAUCAUCAUCCUAUGCAACCUCUACCUGUUUGGCCCGAGGAACGUUUGGCAGCUGAUCUUCCACAUUUCAGUCGCCUCCAUCUCCACCCUCCUCAUCCUCACCCGCAAACUCCAAGACAGAUCCAAUGACUGCGGGGUCUGAGGAGCAGAGGGCUCUUUAUCCCUCCUUGUGCCUCCAGCUUUCUGUGCAGGUGAGAACCACACAGGAAUGGUUUGAGGGAUUUGAUUUUUAUCAACACACUUGUACUCUGUGUCAUCAUAGAAAUGUAUCAUGUGUUUGCACAGUUUGUGCAUUGUUUCUGUAAUAAGUGCAAAAACAUAGAGUUCAUUCUGGAUCCUAUAAAGUGUCUGUUCACCCAAAACAAAUGGAUCCAAAAAGACCGGUCUAAAGGUCUUUUUAAAGAGGGAGGGAGUUCCUCACCAAAGUGUUUAUGUAGAAACUUUGUUUUUGUCGCAGCUGUAGCUGUUGAAGCUUUUUAUGCUUGGGGUUUAGUGAUAAAGGUGCAUUUCUGCUCUGAGUCAGCUCAGUAUUAUUUCUGCUGCUCCAGGCUGUGGGUUAUAUUUACAGUUUAAAUGUAAAAACAUAAACACAUCAUUUAGUUUCAUUAAACAGUGGACGGUGUAUGUGAGCAGAUAAAGGUGUCAGUCUUGAUGGUGGAGUAAAGCAGUUCUGAGUAGAGAGGUUUGUAUGAGGUGUGGAGCUGUGGGCUGUGCCAUGCCUUACUGUGUUUGUUUGAUUGAGUUGACUUGCUGGCAGAAACAGCAGACUGGCUCAGUUUACAUGUAAGGGCUCUGUUCUUUCAUUUACUCUGAGGGACAUAAUAUCUGUGUGAGGCAUGAUGAUAGGGAGCCUUAUUUUACUAUUUGCUGUUUUUGAUUAUUCAGAAUCCCAGAAACACCCUUUUUUUAAACAUCAGAAUGAAAUGAAGAGGUAUUUUAACUCUUUGAAUAAGCUCUGCGUUUUAUUAGAAUAUGAGCAGCAGGAUGACAGAAGCACUGAGUCAGAGGCACUACUGUGUUUAAAUGAUUGUUUAUUGUGUUAUCACAACUGCUCUUGAAUGUUUUAUGUAUUGGUUUCAACUAAAAUAUUUAUAAUUGAUUCAUGGUUUAUGUUUACUUGAUUGGUUUUAUUUUUAGGGUUUAAAUAACGCUUUCUAUUUGUGGUUAACUUAACAUAGAAAUCAUGUGUUUGAAUAGAAAAACACAAUACUGUAGCGCUGCUCAAUGACUAGGGAUGGGCAAUGAUUUUCGAAUAUUCAUUCACGUUGUAAAAAUCGAAGAGUUACUUUGAAUAUUUUUUCAUUUUCAAAGAACAAUUUAACAUCAUUUUUACUGGUGCCUGGUUGUAAUCAUAGACUGUAUAAGAUAUGGACGUAGUAUCCGUGACGUCACCCAUCUGUUUCUUAAGCGCUGUUUUGAGGCUAAUCGUCGGCGGCAGCCAUAUUGCUGCUGUCGAGCGAUUGUGACGUAAAGAGGCGGGCUUUGAGCCUCUUAGCCAACAGCUACAGUGUUCCCGCCUGUCAAUCAAGUCAGCUGUGCCUCUCAUUGGAAUACUCAUAAUCUCAAUAUCUUUGAAAUUACCGCGUUAUGAAAAAAAUUCACCCCCGUACAGUGUGUGCCGAUUGAGAAAUGAUCUAUCCAGACUCCACUUGUCUUUUGAACCAGGCUGUAAACAUGUUUAUUUCUGCUGUAAAGAUCGUCUUCUUUGAAUUGGUGUGUAUGUGGUUUCCGGUACUUCCGGAGCCAGCCUCAAGUUGAUCCUUGAUAAACUGCAGUUUUUAGCACUUCCACAUUGGACUCAUUAUUUUUGAACGCAGGUUGCUGCUUGUACUGCACACUUAUUUUCAGAGACUGUGCAUGUCUGUAAAAUGUAAACACACACAGGAUUAUUGGAAUAAUGGUGGAAUAGAUGCCAAUGAUUAUGGAAUAGUAUUUUGGCUUGAAAUGCCCAUCCCUUUACUGUAGCGCUGCUCAAUGACGAGGCCAGCUUUGACUCUCUUUUCAGUUAACUUUGUUUAACUUCUUUUCGCUUCAGUUCAGAGUAGAUGAACAGCUGCACUGAUGUCCGUUCAGGGAGGAAAGUGGAGUUUCAGUUAGUGGUGUUAGUUCAGAUUAUAGUGUUGUGUCCUUCUCUUCCAAAUGUUCAGAUAUUUGAAGAAGCAGGUCGGACGAUGUUUGAAGACUUGUUUCCCAUCAGAAGAUCUAAAAGUUUGUCACUGUAGUGAUCAGACACUUUGAUGAAGUCCCUGAGUUUACACAGAGGGAUGAAACUAUAAACUUUAUGUAGCUGUAUAAAAAAAUCAGCUUCUGAUUCUAAAUUAUGAAUCGCUCCAUAGGUUUAUAUAUAUGUGGGGCUUUGCUAGCUUUAGCCCGUCAGACAGGCUAUUUAAAUGAGGUUUUCUUAACAGGGUGGAUUUGAAGACAUUUUGUGAAUCCACUGUUCCAGUGACAGACUUGGUGAUGCUGUUAUAUUUUUGAUAUAGAGGAUGGACUCACCAUUUCCCUGUACACUGUGGGUUGUUGGCAAAAUAAUGUUGAUAUUUUAAAACAUUUGAAAUGAAAAUGAAGGAAGAUAAUGUUUAAUGAAGUGUUUUAACGCACAGUUAAAAACAAAAUGUAAUUUAAAAAGUUGUGAUGUAAGUUUGAUAGGACAGGUUUCAGACUCGUGUGUGGGUGUUUUUGUGUGUGUCUGCAGAUGUUUGUAACAAUGGGAGGUAAUGUAACAGUCAUUCUUUGUAACUGCCAAAUACACUGGAGAUUGCUUUAUGUUGUUUCAUUUCUUUGGCUGGUGAAACUGACAUUUCAGUAAUAAAUAGUCUUUUUCUAUU